AUGACUAUGCUCACCCUCCGCUGCAGCUUUUUGUUCGCCCCGAAUCCUGACUGGUCGGCUUUUUAUGCGAGCGGAGGCGAGAUUUUCCACUACUUGAAAAAUGUGACCACAAGAUUGCAUCUGCACAAGCACAUCUCCUUUGGCUCAACCGUCUCGGGUGCGACAUGGAAUGAAGAGACUUCAAAGUGGCAUCUCAGAAUUCGGCAGGGUCCAUCGCUGGAGAUCAGUGACCAAUGCGACAUCUUGGUCAACGCUGGCGGCAUGUUGAAUAACUGGACCUGGCCCAAGAUCGAGGGCUUAUCCAACUAUCAGGGCCAUAUAGUCCACUCUGCUUCAUGGAAGAACGAUUUCGACUUCACAGACAAGAACAUUGCAGUUAUCGGUAAUGGAUCUUCCGGGAUUCAGAUUGUGCCUGCCCUCUACCCUAAAGUCAAGCACCUAACUACGUUCAUCCGCAUACCCACUUAUAUUACAGCUCUACAGUUAGGCUCGGAUGCUAUUGGCGGUGCUGUCAACAAGACGUUCUCGGAGGUAGAAAAACGGGCAUUUGCUUCGGAUCCGACUACGCUACUGUCGUUAAGAAAGAAGAUCCAGUCCGAUAUCAACGCAGCUUUCAAAGGCAUGAUAAGAGGUAGUGAUGUUCAACAGAAAAGCCACGAUUUCAAUCGAAAUGCUAUGGCUGCGAAGCUGGCAGGCAAUUCAGAACUCCUUCAGAAGCUGCUGCCAGAAUAUAUCUAUGGUUGCCGCCGAGCAACUCCAGGAGCAGGAUAUCUCGAGGCACUCCUGGACGAGAAGAAGACCACGGUCGUGACUAGUCCAAUCCAGACAUUGACCGAGGACUCAAUUGUAUGUGAAGAUGGCACGCGUACCAAGGUCGACGCCAUAGUCUGUGCUACAGGCUUCGAUGUCUCGUGCAGACCUAGGUGGCCACACCUGGGAAGAGAUCACCGCAACCUAGCGGAAGAAUGGAAGACCAAGCCGCGAGGCUACCUCUCACUCUGCGUCAACGGCUACCCAAACUACUUUACUAUGCUGGGCCCGAACACACCCAUCGGACACGGCAGCCUCGUUGCCGUAAUAGAUUGGGCGGCCGAUUACAUCUUGCGAUGGUGUGAGAAGAUCGCCAUGGAGGAUAUCCGUACUGUUGACGUCACGAGAGAGGCCAUGGAAGAUUGGAAUGUAUACGCACAAGAGUUCCUCAAGACCACCACCUGGGCUGGCGGAUGUCGCUCCUGGUACAAGAAUCAUCAAGACGGCUCCGACAUCACGGCGUUAUAUCCAGGUUCAAUCUUGCAUUUCCAUGAAAUGACCAAGACCCUCCGACCCGAGGAUUUCAAAAUAGAUUAUCGAAGUCGUAACCGGUUUAAAUUCACCGGAAACGGGUUUACAGCACUCGAGGAGACGCAAGGCGCAGAUCUGGCAUGGUAUCUAGAUUCCCCAAGGAGGCAUAGAAGGAGAUACCCGCGAGAACUGGACUUUCUGCGAUUGUUUGACAACAACAUUCCUCGAACAUACACCCGGCCCUCUGGCUCGAAAAGCCGCCGAAUAGCAAUUGCUCAGCCUGCAACUUAUGAGACACUGGACGCCGUCACGGUGUAA